AUGGGCGGAGCAUGCAGGUGGAUUAACGGCAUCUGGUGGUUGCCACAUUAUCGGACUGCCAUCCGCGGACGGCCGUCAUAUCUUGAAGGGCAUGGUGAUACCACUCAGCACUCAAGUUCCAACGCAGCCUGUCACGGAGAGGCCAUGCAGGGUCCCAUCUUUGAGGACGCAGCCGUUAUAGUAGUUCAUUACCAGCACGGAUAUCCAAACAAAAGCCCGGCAUGCAGUCGAAGGCAAGGGCUCCCGCUGCCCGCUUGUGGCACAGGGAUCUGGGGCAGAAACGCUAGAAUCCUUGACGGGGCAAGGUCUGGUGCGACGCAGAAGAGCUAA